UAAGUAUUUCAAAACCGGAUUCAAUUCUCCAAACCAAUGAAAAUGCAAGCAGUUCUUGUUAUCUUGGUUUUCUCCGGUUUAAUCUCGGUUAAGACAACGUUAGCAGCACAAGCUGCACAACAUGUGAUCGGCGGUAGCCAAGGCUGGGAACAAUCCGUUGAUUUUGAUUCUUGGUCUUCUGAUCAAUCUUUCAAAGUCGGCGACCAAAUCGUUUUUAAGUACUCCGGACUACACAGCGUUGUAGAGCUAGGAAGCGAAACGGCAUACAAGAGUUGUGACCUGGGAACAUCAGUCAAUUCCUUAAGCUCUGGAAACGACGUCGUUAAGCUUUCUAAAACCGGUACUCGUUACUUCGCUUGUGGAACCGUUGGGCAUUGCGAACAAGGCAUGAAGAUUAAAGUCAACGUUGUCUCUUCUGACUCCAAAUCCGCUUCCUCUCCGGGUUCAGGUUCGGGUUCUGAUUCAGGGUCGGGUUCUGGAUCUAGUUCGGGUCAUGGGUUACGUGCUUCCAUUGGAUAUAUUUUCGUUGUUGGAUCGUUGAGAUCGUCGUCACUGAUCACUUACGAAUCCUUUUUUUCUUCUCCGGAGACCAAAUCGGAAUUUUCACUCUCUUUACCUUCGCCGGGAAAUUCAAUGCCGGAAGAUUCUAAUGCGAUUGACUAUGUCAUGGAGAAGGCAUCGGGGCCUCACUUCUCCGGUCUUCGCCUUGACGGUCUCCUCUCUUCUCCGUCGAAAUCCUCCGUCUCUUCUCCGUCUCACUUCCGUUUGAGUAAUUCAUCUUUUUCCGCUAUCGACGAUUCCGCCGCUCCUCAUCAGCCCUUCGUUAUCGGAGUUACUGGUGGUACUGCUUCUGGUAAGACCACGGUGUGUGACAUGAUUAUUCAGCAACUUCAUGAUCAUCGCAUUGUUCUUGUUAACCAGGAUUCCUUUUAUCGUGGUCUGACAUCUGAAGAACUGGAGCAUGUACAAGAAUACAAUUUUGAUCAUCCUGAUGCCUUUGACACUGAGCAGCUUUUGCAUUGCGUUGACACACUCAAGAGUGGACAACCUUAUCAAAUUCCAAUUUACGACUUCAAAACCCAUCAACGUAAAUUAGAUGCUUUUCGCCAGGUCAAUGCUUGUGAUGUCAUUAUUUUGGAAGGGAUUCUAGUUUUCCAUGACUCACGAGUUCGGGACCUGAUGAAUAUGAAGAUCUUCGUUGACACAGAUGCUGAUGUGAGGCUUGCUCGCAGAAUCAGGCGUGACACGGUUGAGAGGGGUAGGGAUGUUGAUUCUGUGCUUGAACAGUAUGCAAAGUUUGUGAAGCCCGCGUUUGAUGAUUUUGUGCUCCCCUCUAAGAAAUAUGCUGAUGUGAUCAUUCCCCGAGGAGGUGACAAUCAUGUUGCAGUUGAUUUGAUUGUGCAACAUAUCCACACAAAACUUGGGCAACAUGAUCUCUGCAAAAUCUACCCAAACGUUUUUGUUAUUGAAUCAACAUUUCAGAUUAGAGGCAUGCAUACACUUAUUCGAGAGAAGGACAUAUCAAAACAUGACUUUGUGUUUUACUCAGAUCGCCUCAUUCGUUUGGUUGUAGAGCACGGUCUUGGCCAUUUGCCAUUCACUGAGAAACAAGUAGUUACCCCAACAGGAUCUGUGUAUAGCGGUGUUGAUUUCUGCAAGAAACUUUGUGGCGUCUCAGUCAUUCGAAGUGGUGAAAGCAUGGAAAACGCAUUACGCGCGUGUUGCAAAGGGAUAAAGAUAGGGAAGAUUCUCAUCCAUCGUGAUGGCGACAAUGGAAUGCAGCUUAUAUACGAGAAGCUUCCAAGUGAUAUCUCCGAGCGCCAUGUCCUGCUUCUAGAUCCCGUUUUAGGCACAGGUAACUCUGCAAAUCAGGCGAUAGAACUACUCAUACAGAAAGGAGUACCUGAAGCCCACAUUAUAUUCUUAAAUCUCAUCUCGGCGCCAGAAGGAAUCCAUUGCGUCUGCAAACGGUUUCCAAAGUUGAAGAUUGUGACGUCAGAAAUCGAUCAGUGUCUGAACGAAGAGUUCCGAGUUAUACCAGGCUUGGGUGAGUUUGGUGAUCGCUACUUUGGUACUGACGAGUAGAAACACCAAAGUGUUUGUCAAUGGUUAUUGUGCUUGUGUGUGAAUGGAAGUGUUUUUCUUUGUCUAAAGAAUCUUCACGGGCUUUGUUUUUUUCCUCUGCUGGGAUUGGGAAGCUUCUCGCUCACUAAUUACUAGAAUCGAAAAACUCAUUUCAAGAUUCUUGGUUUACGCAGUUCAUAUUCGAC